AUGCUAUCUUUCCGUCCCUUCACCUUGGAGGGCACACAGUUAACUUUGAACUUGAAGUCAUCCAAAUUCUCAAGGAAAACUCCCUUCCAAUCAAUUGCUUUGCCACAAGUCAAGACUCCUCGAUCAUCUGUUUCGGACCCAGCAAGCGCCCUCCCCGCUAGGCUCCAGUAUUUGAGGUUAGACGAGAAACAAGCAUCUUUCAUCGCCGCCACUAUCUCUCCUGUGAAUCCCACUCCAAAUGAUGUAAGCUCAUAAUACUGCCACGUCCUAGACUGCCUAUUGAUAUACUGUGCAGAAUUUUGAAGACGACUUCGAAGACGCGUGGAAAGAUCUAGAGGCCGAUGAUGAUGAUGCAGCUCAUCGAAGCAAGAUUCCUCAGCGUUUUGUGGAGCAACAAACCCGUCACAGCAACCAGGGAAGCCAGUUAGAAUACAAUAUUGCACUAGCGGCGGAAUUAGGCCCUUCAAUUAAGUGCUACAAGUGCGGGUGGUUCUCCCAAUACCAACUUCGGGAUAUGUGGAUGCCAGACCAACAGCAACCUAAUCUAGUUGCCCCAAAUUCGAAAGCAACUCAGACACAUUUAAACAUUGCUACAUGUGUUAAAUGCAGCUCAGGACAAUGUCUGCCUUGUGGCAAGGCUCCUCACCUUACGGAGUGUAUUUUUGCCGAUACUCGCAUCGUUUGGAAUGCUCUCCUCUCCGUCGAUACGGCAGUGGUUAAUUUUCGCUAUGUAUCUCCAAUACUCUCAACAGUUGAAGGUUCGAGAGACGUGUAUCCGGUGCUCUUAGAAGCUCUUACAACUAUCCUGGCUGUAGUACCAAGAAGCGGGCCACUCACAUUCGGACUGUACGAGCUGCUCCAUAAUAGUCUAAUUCUAGAUCUAAUUGCGGACAUCAUGCGGGAUAUGACGGUUGCAAAUAUCCAGCUGUCACCACUCCUUAUUCAAACCUGGGAGUUUCUUCACAUGAUCGCCGAGCACAGUGAACUUGUCGGAUUGUUUUUCCAAAACCGACAUGUGCUAAAUGGGGCGCUACCUGGGCUCCAGCAGCUAGCUUUUCCUCUGGUACUUCUACCAAUUCAGCAAGCCUCGAAUAUCAAAUCAGACGUUUACCCAGCGAAAAAGUAUACAUUUUGGCCGUUGCUCCAGAAGGCCUCUGAUGUUGCCAACCAAUACCUACAAGCAAAUCAUGACGACGUUUGGUCUGCGGCUAUGGUGGCACAGAGAGUCCUUGAUGUCUAUGCCAUCGUGGCUAGGAGUGUCGCUCCGAAUAUUGUUGUUCCCAGAAAAAUACACCGUACUCAGCAUGAAGCCGGAUAUGCGGCUGGUGUCAGGGAUCUCUGUCGACUCGCGGUCAUCAGAAAAAUUGAAGCAAAGAAGAAAAUUGUCCAGGAAGAAAGCAGUAUGGAAAUUGAUCCACCUAGAAAGAAGCGUGGUAGUGCUCGUCAAGAAGUCCAAGGUCAGGAUCAGAAUGGCGGAUGGAAUGGAGAAGGAGGAAAGAGAAUAAAGGCUAUCGGAAUGUAG